AUGGAAUACGGAAUUUUAUUUAUGUUUUUCAUAACCGUAGCAAGUUUUAACUAUAUACCAGAAAUAGAAAUAAAUAUAAGUGAUACUCCUAAACUACGAUGGAAAAAAGCUGUUAGAACAAUCCUUAAUCUAUAUGGAUAUGAUAAUUCUUUUGGCCCAGUUUUUGAAUUCCAUAAUAAAAAUACAUUCUAUAUACUAUAACCAUAAGACUAUAUAACAAUAGCUUAGGCAAUAAGAACACAUUACCCUGAAUACUCAUUAGAAAUAGAUGGAAUUGUAGAGGAAUUUAAUAGAAAUGAAAUAACUUUUGAAUAUUUAUCUGUCUGGGCAUAUUUUGAUGAAAUAGCACAUAUUUCAAGUGAUCUCAAUUAAAGCACAGGAGUUUUAUUAUCAGUUGCUGAUUAAAUUAUACAUGGAAGAAAUAUGGAUUAAGCUCCAGGUUAAGCAAGAAAUAUAACUCUACAUUUGAUCAUUAAAUAGGAUGGAAAGUAUUUAGGUGAAUCAGUUGAAUAGUUUUGGUUUAAAGUAGGAUUCAGUACUUUACUUAAAUAUAAUACUGCAUCACUCUAAUUUAAUUAGAGAUAAGGUGAUCCUUUAACUAAAGAUUAACUCUUAAUAUUUAUUUAAUCAGGAGUACCUUCUUUAGGUUGGACUUAUAGAUAUGUUUUACAAAAUGAUAAUUUAAACACAUUUAAUAGAGUUGUCACCUAUCUUGAAUAAAAUCAAGUAGCUUGUUCACUUUAUAAUAUUAUUGGAGGAACUAGUAGAAAUCAGGGAGUGAUUAUCUCUAGAGAUCCAUUUGAUAUGUAUCCAACAAUUAGUUUAAAUACAUCUAUCCUGGGACAAACCUAUUAUUAAUACUUAGUAUAAACUAAUUAUGAUCAUUGGUUAACUGAUCCUUUCAAUGAUCAAAGACGAACAAUUGCUGAAAAUUUGUUGGCUUAGUUGUAAAAUAAUCUAUGGAAUGAAUUUGGAGUUUUUACUGUUAUGGAUACUUUUCCAAUCCAUAAUGAAUCUACUUUCUAUACUAUUAUAAUGAAUGCUAAAUAUAAUAGAUUGAUAGCUUUUGGAUAAUCUAGUAUAACCUAAGUUGAAAAUUGA